AUGAGACGAUUGGUCCGGACCGAGAGCAGGCGGGCCCACACCGCACUACACUGCCCCGCUCGGUCCCACACCGCCCCGCUCGGUCCUACACCGCCCCGCCCGGUCCUACACCGCCCCGCUCGGUCCUACACCGCCCCGCUCGGUCCCAUACCGCCCCGCUCGGUCCUACACCACCCCGCCCGGUCCUACACCGCACCGCCUGGCCCCACACCGCCCCGCCUGGCCCCACACCGCCCCGCUCGGCCCCACACCGCCCCGCUCGGUCCUACACCGCCCCGCUCGGUCCCACACCGCCCCGCUCGGUCAUACACCGCCCCGCUCGGUCCUACACCGCCCCGCUCGGUCCCACACCGCCCCGCCUGGCCCCACACCGCCCCGCUCGGUCCUACACCGCCCCGCUCGGUCCUACACCGCCCCGCUCGGCCCCACACCGCCCCGCUCGGUCCUACACCGCCCCGCUCGGUCCUACACCGCCCCGCUCGGUCCCACACCGCCCCGCUCGGUCCUACACCGCCCCGCCUGGCCCCACACCGCCCCGCUCGGUCCCACACCGCCCCGCUCGGUCCUACACCGCCCCGCCUGGCCCCACACCGCCCCGCUCGAUCCUACACCGCCCCGCUCGGUCCUACACCGCCCCGCCUGGCCCCACACCGCCCCGCUCGGUCCUACACCGCCCCGCUCGGUCCUACACCGCACCGCCUGGCCCCACACCGCCCCGCCCGGCCCCACACCGCCCCGCUCGGCCCCACACCGCCCCGCUCGGUCCCACACCGCCCCGCUCGGUCCUACACCGCCCCGCUCGGUCCCACACCGCCCCGCUCGGUCCCACACCGCCCCGCUCGGUCCUACACCGCACCGCUCGGUCCCACACCGCCCCGCUCGGUCCUACACCGCACCGCCUGGCCCCACACCGCCCCGCUCGGUCCUACACCGCACCGCCUGGCCCCACACCGCCCCGCUCGGCCUCACACCGCCCCGCUCGGCCCCACACCGCCCCGCUCGGUCCCACACCGCCCCGCUCGGUCCCACACCGCCCCGCUCGGCCCCACACCGCCCCGCUCGGUCCUACACCGCCCCGCUCGGUCCUACACCGCCCCGCCUGGCCCCACACCGCCCCGCUCGGUCCCACACCGCCCCGCCUGGCCCCACACCGCCCCGCUCGGUCCUACACCGCCCCGCUCGGUCCUACACCGCCCCGCCUGGCCCCACACCGCCCCGCUCGGUCCUACACCGCCCCGCUCGGUCCUACACCGCACCGCCUGGCCCCACACCGCCCCGCCCGGCCCCACACCGCCCCGCUCGGCCCCACACCGCCCCGCUCGGUCCCACACCGCCCCGCUCGGUCCUACACCGCCCCGCUCGGUCCCACACCGCCCCGCUCGGUCCUACACCGCACCGCUCGGUCCCACACCGCCCCGCUCGGUCCUACACCGCACCGCCUGGCCCCACACCGCCCCGCUCGGCCUCACACCGCCCCGCUCGGCCCCACACCGCCCCGCUCGGUCCCACACCGCCCCGCUCGGUCCCACACCGCCCCGCCCCCGCUAA